AUGCAAGUGUCAAUCGCGUGUACGGAGCAGAACCUUCGCAGCCGGAGCAGUGAGGACCGUCUGUGUGGACCCCGGCCGGGCCCCGGGGGCGGUAAUGGCGGGCCAACCGGAGGGGGGCACGGGAAUCCUCCAGGGGGUGGAGGGUCGGGCCCCAAGGCCCGAACUGCACUGGUCCCGCGCCCCCCAGCGCCUGCUGGGGCCCUCCGAGAGAGCACCGGCCGAGGCACUGGCAUGAAAUACAGGAACCUAGGAAAGUCGGGUCUCCGAGUGUCCUGUCUUGGCUUGGGUACCUGGGUCACAUUUGGUUCUCAGAUCUCAGAUGAGAUAGCAGAGGAUGUACUGACAGUAGCCUAUGAGAAUGGUGUAAACCUGUUUGACACAGCUGAAGUAUAUGCAGCAGGAAAGGCUGAAAGAACUCUAGGCAACAUCCUCAAGAGCAAAGGUUGGAGGAGAUCAAGCUAUGUCAUCACCACCAAGAUUUUUUGGGGAGGACAGGCAGAAACUGAACGAGGAUUAAGCCGCAAACACAUCAUUGAAGGCUUAAGAGGAUCCCUGGAACGCCUCCAGCUGGGAUAUGUGGAUAUCGUCUUUGCCAACCGCUCAGAUCCCAACAGUCCCAUGGAGGAGAUUGUGAGAGCCAUGACCUAUGUCAUCAACCAGGGCCUGGCCUUAUACUGGGGGACAUCUCGAUGGGGUGCUGCAGAAAUUAUGGAAGCCUAUUCCAUGGCCAGACAGUUCAAUCUGAUUCCUCCUGUGUGUGAACAAGCAGAGCACCACCUGUUUCAGAGGGAGAAGGUAGAGAUGCUGAUACCUGAGCUCUACCACAAGAUUGGUGUUGGCUCAGUCACUUGGUCUCCCCUAGCCUGUGGACUCAUUACUAGCAAGUAUGAUGGACGCAUCCCAGAUACCUGCAGGCCCACCAUCAAGGGCUACCAGUGGCUCAAGGACAAAGUCCAGAGUGAAGAUGGCAAGAAGCAACAAGCCAAAAUCAUGGACCUUCUCCCUAUUGCUCAUCAGCUGGGCUGCACUGUGGCUCAGCUUGCUAUAGCCUGGUGUCUCCGCAAUGAGGGGGUCAGCUCAGUCUUGCUAGGGGUGUCGAGUGCAGAGCAGCUGAUGGAACACCUGGGCGCCCUACAGGUGCUGAGCCAGCUGACACCACAAACAGUGAUGGAAAUUGACGGACUCUUGGGCAACAAAACGCAUUCCAAGAAGUAGUCCGUUGGGGGCGCAGGAGCCCAAUCCUGAGUCGCUGCUCCAGCCCGAAACCCGCUCCCCCCCCAACCCGCAGCCGCCCCCGCCCGCUCCGCUCCGCUCCGUAUCCU